AUGACUUCUUUACAUAAUCCAGUUAACGACUCCCCAGAGUACUAUCAAGACCAAGUACCAGCAUCUACGUACUACAAUCCGCAUCCUAAUGUCCAGCAUCACCAAAUUAUUGAUAAUUUAGAUUCAGCACCGAAUUCUAAUGGCUCAUCUUCAUAUUAUGGGGGCGAGCAACCAAUAAGCCAUGAAUCUUCUGUCCCUACCAAUAACUACGACGAGCAAACGUCACACACACCCACAAAUGCACAAUAUUUCCAAGGUUCUCCAGAUUCUCAAUCCCAACAGUCUCAACAAAGUAGUCCAAAUACUAAUCAGGGUCCGAUAGCACAUGCACCUGUUGAACAGCCAUUCUACGUUAAUGCGAAGCAAUACCACAGAAUAUUGAAAAGGCGGAUAGCAAGAGCUAAAUUGGAAGAAACUUUAAAAAUAGCAAGAACGAGAAAACCAUAUUUACAUGAAUCAAGACAUAAGCAUGCAAUGAGAAGACCAAGAGGACAAGGAGGGCGGUUCUUAACGGCCGCUGAGAUCGCGGAGAAAGAAAGAUUAGAUAAAUUAAAAGCCUUAGAGGAUAAAGAGAAAACAGAGAAUUUUAGUGGAGAUCAACCCCAGGAGGAACAGAGCGAUUCGUCAAAAUCUUCUGCGACUUCCGCUACAGAAAAGGCUCCUUCGAAUGCAGAAAAUGCUCCUUCAAAUGAGGAUGAUUCAAUAUUUCUGAAUUUAAUAAAUGAAAAUGGGAGCACGGAAGAUUAA